UUCACUCCGUACGAAACUUCAAAAAGCAGUUCUUCUCUGCUGUGACAUAGUGGUGUAUGUUACAAUUUUUGCACAUCACUUUGGGUGUUCCUGCACACCCAGGAACCUUGCAUCUUCCCUUCUUAUAAUACAUUGUGGCCAAUGAGAGGUACUGUCUAAAACCUCCUCGAAAAGUACCCCUUAUGGCACAACGUUGCCCUGAGGCAACAAAAAGAAAAACUGAAUUUCUGAACAUGCAAAAUAAAAAAUAAAAACUUCAUAAAACCUGACAAAAGGCUUCUCUACACAUUCUUACACGCACACAUAUUUUUUAUGUACAGUUCAUGUCAUUUUAAAUAAGAUUACUAAAGCAAAUAAUCUUGCCUUCUCCUCACACUAUGUGCUCCUGUGACCAUGUGUCAGAGCAGGACGUCCCACCUCUUAAUGGUGCUUGAUAUUGACUCCAACAACUAACUGGACUGUUCUUUGGUACUUUCUUGACCUUUCUAAUUGGUUGUAAUCAUUUAAAGAAAAAUGUACUAAACAUAGGGCUUAAGAAAACUUUCCGUGUUUGUUUUUGGAGGGGGGGGGGGGGUUGCAUGUAAUGUGUAUUGAGUUUGCUGUUGUGAUUAUGUUUCAUGCUUCAGAAUUUCUGUUAAGGGAAUGUAGUGAGAAACGAUGCUCCUGGUUUUCACAGUGCAUUGUGGGACUUUUUAGAGAGCAAAUGUUUUAGUGCACUGGAAGAAUUUUGGGAUUGAGACAGCUCUUAAAAUGGCCAACUCCCUGAUCAGUGUCCUGACUAUUGAACUACACUUUAAAAAGUAGGCUAAUUCAGGGGGUCUUUUAUCACAACUUAAAUAAAUGCAUGGUUGCAAGUUAAAAAUGCAAACUUAUUGCAAAACUUUGUUUUUAGUUCAGUUGACAUAAUAUUGAUUAUUACAUUAACUUAAUGUGUCACUAAACUCAAAUUUCUGCUUUAAUUGAAUUCCUUUAAAAAUAAAGCCGUAGUAACUGUUAUAUUUGACAUUUAAAAUAGUGUCUGUUACGUAGAAGUUUUUGUGGUUACAUUGUGCUGACGAGUAGACAACAUGAAGGUAAACACUAUAUAUUGACUCUAUAAGCAUUGACUGCUCUAAUGUGACUGACAAUUAAUAUCUUACUUGUUCAUUACACACAUACAGUAUAUGUGCCAAAUAAGUUACAUUUAGUAUGUGUAAUGAUAGCUGUGGUUUUGAACUGAAAUAGAUAAGAUUAUUUGGUUCCAGAGCCAGAGGGCAGUUGACUGUAUCAACAAGAGGGAAAACAAUUUUCUGAAAAUGGGUGCAAUGUGCCGUUUUCCAGUGGUGGUGGUGAUGAAAAGUAAUUGUGCCUUAACUUUUUAAGCUCUGUGAAGAAGAAAUUACUCUAAGACCAAAGCAGAGAAGCAUGAAGAAGCUGUGACAUAUGAGUAGCAGUGAUGGCCGUUCAUGACUUGUUUCACAUUGCUAUGUUUGAUUAAGAGUCAUUGUUUUCAUAAUCUACUUUUUAUUUCAUUUUGUCAUCACAUUUGAUAGGUUAUAGGUUAUAGUAUAGAAAAAUGAAACAAAAAAAAUUGUUGUUCUUUCUUCAUAGAUCACACAUUAGAAUGAAUUAGAAAUACACAUUAGCAAUUCUUAAACAGGCACCAUUCAUAAAAAGUAUUGGAUGUUUCUUAAAGUUUAUACAGAAGAAAAAAGAUUCAUAAUAUUACACUAUUAAAAUACUUAAAAAUAAACAUUUAGUUAACUUAACAUUUGUUCCACAGGCUUAUCUAGCAGCACUCUCCAAUUUUUUUUUUUUUUUUUUUUUUGUGUUUACAAAAGUCUGCAUAUCAAACAACUGAAUAUCAUCCUCGUGACUAGAAGCCUAUACAAACAUGACAUUAAAUAUAAAAGCUGGGCUCUUUCUGAAACUUCACAAAAUCUUCCACUGAGAUUCUGAAGGCAACAACCAAACCAAGGUUCAUUUCAGGUUCAUCAUGGCAAUGCUGAGAAGUCUAAUGCUUCUUUUCCUUAUCUUCUCCAUGGGGAAAGCAGAAGUUGAUUUAGUCAUGAAAUGCCCCGCUGGAUGGUCAAGUUUUGGACUCCGGUGCUUCAAGUACUUCCCUCAGUCGGUUUACUGGAUCACAGCAGAGAAAAACUGCCAAAGUCUUGGUGCGCAUCUCGCAUCUGUGCAUAAUAAACCGGAAAAUGAUUUUCUGCUGGGUCUGUUGCCUUCUUCUUCCACACGUGCUUGGAUUGGUGCUAAUGAUGCUGUACAAGAUGCACAGUGGUUGUGGAUUGAUGGAACUGUGAAUGACUACACCAACUGGUGCUCUAUAGAACCAAACAAUGGUGGUGGUGUUGAGCACUGUCUGGAGAUCAGCUGGACCUCUAACCGCUGCUGGAAUGACUGGGGCUGUUCAAACCAAAUAGGCUAUAUUUGUGUUACAGACCUGUGAGAUCAUAUGCAGUCAAGCUGCUCCACAGUUACUUUGAUUGUACACUUUCUGAUCUUAUCUUUACCAAAAAAUGACAUCAUUUAAAUCUUUUCUAAGCUUUAAUCUCUUCUUCUAUGUAAUCAUCUUUAAUGCAUUCUCUGAAACUUUCCUCUAAUCAAUAAAAGCAUUGAUAAAACAAAUCAUGUGCAUUGUGGACAAUCAAAUUCAUGUAUGAAAAUAUAAGUAUAUUGUGUAGCAAGGUUUGAGAAUUUUAUUUUAAAUAACAAAAACAACAAAAAAUAGUAUAUUACAAAUAUUAGAGUAUACAAGAAAAUACACAAGUGUAACAAAGAGUUGCACAAGUUUUUCAAACUUUCAAAGUUUUAACUGCUUUUUGCUUCAUAGAAGGUUUAUAGAAGGCUUAGAAGUCAAUAUAAAGCUCCAUUUCUUUAUUGAAUGAAACAGGACAUUUUUACAGGAAAACAUUUGUGAACAUGGAAUUUUGCCAUUAAAAGAAUAAAAUGUAUUAUAUAAACCUGUCUGUGCUUGUCUCCAAUUCUCCAAAAGACCAAAUAAUAAAUGUUUCCAGAACAACACAAAUUGGCCAUCAAUGUUCUUUGUGAUUAAAAUCACAAACAUUUUGCCAAAACUGUCUUACAGAUUGGCAGAGCCAAAAUAAAUGAACCACAGUUUCAGGGCAACUGUCACAAAAAGUGCAAUUAAAAUCAAUAUCACCUUUAAAUUUUACAAAGUAAUGUUUCACUGGGUAAAUUCAAUGUAUAAUUUUGAAUGACACCUCCUUAAUUUUGUUUGUAUAGUUAAAUGUUGAUUAGGUAAAAGCCAAACAUUUUUCCACACAAUAUUGUAAAUGAUUCCAAUAUGAGUAAAUAUAAGGCAGAGACACAAGGUUCCUUUGAAAUACUGCUCUUAUGGAUCUGUUUUGUGAGUUAAGGGAAAAACAAAUAUUACCUACAUAAGAACUUACUAUAUAGUAAGUGGGAACCACUGUUGAAUGUUAAUUAUUUUCUGAUGUCUAAACAGCAUGCAGAUUUUAAGAGAUAUUGCAUCAAAAACGUCUCAGGUUACGCAUGUACCCAUGGUUCCCUGAGAACAGGGAACGAGGCGCUGCGUCAAAACGCUAUACGGAAUGCCUCUGCGUGAACCGGUGUCUGAAACGUUUAUCAAAUCACGGCAAUAUCAUAUUGACCGGCGAUAGCAAAUGACAUCAUUAUGGUGCGACCCGAAUGUAUAUAAGGGGCUCCUAGAGAACAUGUCAUCCACUUAUUGUCUGAAGAGACUUUUCAGCACUUUCAUCCAGCAUAAUUUGCUGAUAAGCAUGGCUCAUGUCCAGUUUGGAAAAUUUCUGAUCUCCAGCUAGCUGAGCGAACAAAUCUUUCACUUUUGGAAUGGGAUAUUGUUCCACACUGGAUGCUCUAUUAACCAUGAGUUUGUAAUCUCCACAAACCAUCUCGGCAUUCGGUCAUCAUUCACUCCACAGACGAGUCCGUGAAACCAUGGUUUACCUCUGCAGUGUACAUAAUGAUAGCUUGCUUAACUUUCCUGUCACCACAUUUCCAGUCAAUUCAGGAAUCAAUUCAAUUAAAUAAUUAACUAAAUUACAACUGUUAAUCGAGUUUAACCAGGUAGUUAACUUGUCAGAUUAGAAGAUGCUAUAAUUUGUUUUAGUAAAAUGUAGUGGAAAGAACAAACUUGAAAAAACUUCAAUAAAAAUGUGUGGAUAUUUUAAGUGGAUACUUUGUGCCUAUUCAGCACAUAACAAUUCAGCGGAGAGGUAAAGAUCCUUAACCACAGCGCUGCCAUGAAGAUGCUAAUUUAUUCACAUGCCCUUUCUGCUCAUGUGCAUGUACAAGCCAUGCCAGUAUCAUCAAAUAAUGACCCAUAUAGCUGGACAUAAACUAAGAUCUGCUGAACAUGGAGGUGAGUGUGUAAGCAUAGCUUCAAAAAAAAUAUAUUUUUUAAAACGUGUAUUAGAUAAAUUCCUGCUUCUGAGGAAUGUGGACAUCUAUCUAGUUAACAGCCAUGUCAUUGUGACAUGGUAACCUCCUAUUUGUGCACAUCCCCUGGACAGCUUUUCAAAAGCAGGUCUGGAAUGUCUUUCAAUAUGUUGCAUACGUAAUGUCACUUAUUUGUGUCAAAUAUUUUCACUAUACAUAUAGACUGAAAUUAGCAGCAAGGACGCUGUGGUCUUUCCAUCUUAUGUGCCAGGACACUGGGUGCUAUGUGUGAGUCUGCUUUGAUGUUGCUUUACUUUAACCUACCAGUUGUCGUACAAAGUGAAAUAAGCUAUUUUGCAUGUUAUUAAAGGGAUAGUUCACCCAAAAAUGAAAAUUUGAUGUUUAUCUGCUUACCCUCAGCGCAUCCAAGAUGUAGGUGUCUUAGAAGGGUAAGGGUAACAUUUUUCAGAUCAUGAAGCCAAAACUGAGUGAAUUGUAUUUUCAACGUGAGUGCGUCUCAUUCAGCUCAAUUGAUCGUGAAUUCAGGCACUGGUAUUGAUCCUGACUCACUACACAUUGGGACAACAAUGGCUCUAUUUCUGGAAACAAAUAUUGUUGGUCUCACUGGUAUUCCUGAGAACACCUUUUCCCAGUUUCCUUGUGUUGUACAAACAUCAUUUUAUCAUUUUGAAGUGAUGAAGUGAUGACAACAGUAAAUGCAGAUCAGGAUCAAAUAUCUUACAGUUAGGAUUAAAUUUAAGGUAUCUUGCUUUGUGAAUGUGGUAUUUACCCAUCAUACAAAUAAAGUGAUCAUCAACAUCAUCUAGCUCCCUAUUGUCAGAAACAUUAAAGUGAAUAAUGUGAAGAAUGAUCACUGAUGCGCACUUGACUCAGAAGAUGGUUCAACAUGAGUGCGUCUCAUUCAGCUCAAUUGGUCGUGAAUUUAGGCACUGGUAUUGAUCCUGACACAUUGGGACAACGAUGGCUCUAUUUCUGGCAACAUGGCAACAUCCUCUUUGUUAUACCAGGUCACUGUUGCCAUUUAUGAACAACAGCAGCACAGAUAGAGAGUAUGAUUAAUACAUUGAUAGUUACAUAUCCAUAUACAUAUAUUCCACAUAAUUUUUGGGUUAAUUUGG